GCCAAGAGUUGCCUCGAUCCCACUUCAGCGCUCUCGACCAAGUCGCCUGCAACGACUGCGCCAGUUGUCCAGGCAGUUCAUCUUCUUUUCUUCAAAUUACAUACGACAGACAUUAUGCCAGGUAUCAGUUUUGCCGAAGCCAUUGGCAGCCUUAAUGUCAACGACGAAUGGGGCCCAGAAGUCGAUUCUGCCACCACACUCGAUGGCGUCCCAUACGCCCCAUUCUCCAAGAGCGAUAAACUAGGUCGCAUGGCCGACUGGACAUCGGAAGGCAAAGAAGGAAGAGAAAGAGGUGGCAGACAAUAUGGCAGAAACUUUAGAGAUCAACAAAUUUACGGAGCAGGCACAUCAUCACUCUUUGCCGUUCAAGUCGCAGAAGACGAGUCUUCUUUCUCCGUUGUCGACAACACCAGGACAACAACGAAGCGGGGAUUCGGUCGCGGUGGAAUAGCAGUCUUCCGAGGUCGUGGUCAACGAGGACAAGCCCAACGUGGUGGCAGAGGCACAUUCCAACGCGUUGGACAAGGCCAGCGAGGCGGUCAACAACAAGGAGGAAACUUCUACGACAACCGAGGUGGGCGAGGUGGCCGUGGUGGACGACGCUUCGGCUGGAGAGACUAUGACAAGCCGCAGCGCAACCGCGAUGCGUCCGUGAACAUUCGACCCGAAUGGAUCAUGAAGGAAGAAAUCGAUUUCAACCGCCUGCACAAGCUGAACCUCGAAACCUCAGAGGGCGAAGAUGUCGACAACUACGGCUUCCUGUACUACUACGAUCGUGCCUACGAUAAACCUCCUAUCAAAAACACAGAGCGCAAACUAAUGUCCCUUGAGCGUGCGGCCUACAAUGUCACAACCUCCGCUGAUCCUGUGAUCCAAGAACUCGCCGAAAAAGACGAAGCCAGUAUCUUCGCCACCUCCGACAUCCUCUCCAUGCUCAUGUGCGCCACUCGGUCCGUAUACAGUUGGGACAUUGUGAUUUUGAAAAAUGGCAACAAGAUUUUCCUCGACAAGAGACCAGACAGCAGCAUCGAUCUGGUGACUGUCAACGAGAACGCCGCCGACGCACCCAUGGAAGCCGACACGGCCAAUACGCAGCAACAAACAGGCGUCAAGGCCGACAGCAUCAACACCCCUCACAAUCUCGCCAUGGAAGCCACCAUGAUCAACCACAACUUUGCUCUCCAGACAGUAGUCGAGUCACAAAACAACAAAUUCGAAUACCCCAAACCCAAUCCAUUCUACAGCGCGAGCGAGGAAACCGACGCACUGGCCUCCAAGGGCUACAAAUACCGGCGGUUUGAUCUCAGCCUGGAAAAAGAUGACGAGCCAGUCCACUUGAUUGUGCGCACCGAGCUCGACGCCGCGACCAAGAACAACCUUUCAGGCGACGACCAGUUCCUUGUGCUCAAGGCACUCAACGAAUUCGACCACAAAGCUCAAGGUGCGGGUGGUGCUCUCGACUGGCGCACCAAACUCACAUCGCAGCGCGGUGCGGUCGUGGCAACCGAGAUGAAGAACAACUCCUGCAAACUGGCCCGGUGGACCACACAGGCCAUCCUCGCCAAAGCAGACCAGAUGAAAUUGGGCUUCGUGUCGCGUGUGAACCCCAAGUCCGCUGCCAACCACGUCAUUCUGGGCGUUGUAGGAUACAAGCCCCGCGAGUUCGCCAGCCAAAUGAACUUGGGCUUCAGCAAUGGCUGGGGUAUUGUGCGCACCAUUGUUGAUCUGGUGAAGCAGUUGAGCGCGGGCGACGAAGCCGACAAAAAGUAUGUGCUUGUCAAGGAUCCUAAUAAGCCUGUCAUUCGACUCUAUGAGGUGCCUUUGAGCACGUUCGAGGACGACGAGGACGAUGGUAUGACUGGCAUCGCGGAGACGGAGGGUAAGGAGGAUGGCGAUGAGGAAUAGAGAGACGAUCGUGAUCCUCUGAAGCCUGAAGCCACAAAGGCCUUGGAGCGGUGAAGGCCUUCUACUAUUCUGUCUUUAGCAUAGCCCACUGGUGGGCAAAAGUGUUUUAGACCACGAGAAAAGCGAUGCGCGUAGCAUGGACAUCGUCUGAAUGAAUACAUC